AUGGCGCUGACGACAGAAAAGGCACAUGGUGGGAUGGACUUCACUAACCUCCUGCUCAAGAACACAGAUGAAACUGUCGGUUGCCACAGCAACCAGCCAUGGACUAUCACGAUUCAUGACACCCUGAGCCCUGAAGGAAGCACUGCUGAUGACUUCCUGGACGCCCUGCUAGGUGGGAGUGACUCCUCCUCUGCUACAGCGUCCCCCCUGUGGUCACCCUGCACCGCUGACAGCGGCAUCAACGAGGAUCACUUGACAGAUCUCACAGAGAGCCUCAACACACCCUCCUGCACGGCUUUUCCAGACUUUGACACACAGUCUUUCCCUCCGCCUCUGCCUCUGGAGAACCGGCCAUCAACAAAUGAAGGCUCGCCUUACGUUUCCAUAGAUCUAGGCUGGGAGUCCUCUGACCUCCAUGAGCAGCUUGGCAUCACAUGCUCCCUCUCUACGAACCAAACCUCCCCUCUGUCGUCCACCCAGACUCUCACAGUGAAGGAUCUGCUGCUGUCCAACCUGGGACAGACGGCGCAGCAAAUCCCCCAGCAUUCCCUGCAGGAGCUUGUACUUAAUGAGGAUGAGAAGAAGCUUCUGGCUAAAGAAGGAGUGAACUUACCCAGCAAACUCCCCCUGUCCAAGGUACAUGAACCAGACACACACCUAAAUUUUGAAGAGAGGGUUUUGAAGAAGAUCCGGCGGAAAAUCCGCAACAAGCACUCAGCUCAAGAAAGUCGGAAGAAGAGGAGGGAAUACGUCGACAGUCUGGAGGGAAGGAUGUCUGCAUGUAGCGCUAACAACCUCGAGCUGCAGAGACGGAUCCAGCAGCUGGAGGAGACCAACACCGCUCUGUUGGAGCAGCUAAGUCGGCUACAGGCUCUCCGUCCUAACAGCUCCAGCAAAACAGCGCACAGAGGGACCUGCAUCCUGGUUUUGCUCCUCUCCUUCUCCCUGCUCAUUUCCUCAAAUCUUCAGCCAGAACCUUACAGCCAGCUCAGCCAGAGAGAGUACACACAGACCAAAGUGCCAUCACGCUCCCUGCAGUCGACGGAUGAAGUGCAAGACGUCCCUCCUCUUCCUUUCCUCUCCGUCUUCAGGGGAUUUGAGGACCUGGGCAGCCUGAUGAAGAAGCUCUGA